AUGUCUUUCUUGGUCAUUGCAGACAGAAUCAGGGUGGCCUGUGGUUACUCCUUGUGUGAAGAAUUCAAUAGGUUUACUGAAUGCUGGGGUGUCCGCCACCUUGUGAUGUACCCGCACUAUCCACAGUCGAACGGCCAUGCUGAGGCUGUGGUCAAGUCUGUGAAGUACUUGAUUCUCAAGACAGCCCCUGACGGCAACAUCAACUGUGAGGCGUUCCAGAACACCCCAACCCCUGCUGACCGCUCUCCUGCCCAGAUUUUGUAUGGCCAUCCUCUUCGGACCCCAUCCACCCCCAGUCAUCUGCAGAGUGGCAGACCAAGUCUGACGACUGGGACUGCCCAAGCCAACCAAGUGACCAGCCGCUACGAUAGCCAUGCCCGUCCAUUUCAAAGGCUGUCCGUAGGCCACUGUGUGUGCAUUCAGGAUCACACAUCCCUCCAAUGA